AUGCGCAUUCCCGUAGAUCCCAGUGCCACGCGGAGGUUUAGCCCGCCGUCCAGUAGCCUCCAGCCGCUCCCGGCCAAGAUGAACGAGCUCAACACGCCGUCCGGGACCGGUCAGCAGGACAGCACGGUGCCAAGGCUGCGCCUGCAGGAGAACCGCAGCAUGGCAGAGAUCAUAGCGGACCACCCGGCCGAGCUGGUCCGGACUGACAGCCCCAACUUCCUCUGCUCUGUCCUGCCCUCUCACUGGCGCUGCAACAAGACGCUGCCCGUCGCCUUCAAAGUUGUGGCAUUGGGAGAGGUGACUGAUGGGACGGUCGUCACAGUGAUGGCAGGGAACGAUGAGAACUACUCGGCGGAGCUGCGGAACGCAUCUGGGGUGCUGAAGAACCAGGUGGCUCGCUUCAACGACCUGCGCUUCGUGGGCCGCAGUGGACGGGGAAAGAGCUUCACACUGACCAUCACAGUGUUCACCAACCCUCCUCAAGUAGCAACGUACCAUCGAGCCAUUAAAGUCACUGUGGACGGACCCCGUGAACCAAGGAGACAUCGUCAGAAGCUAGAGGAGUCUCCUAAAACAGUGCUAUUCUCAGACCGUCUCAGUGAGCUGGAGAGGAUCAGACAGACAACCAUGAGGGUUGCCAUGCCGACACAACCCCAACGACAGCCACUCAACGCCGGACCCAACUCCUUCAACCACCAGGGACAGACACAGAUACCAGACCCUCGCCAGUCUCAGUCAUCUCCUUCCUGGUCCUAUGAGCAGCCCUACCCGUCCUACCUGAGUCCUAUGACCUCCCCGUCUGUCCACUCCACCACGCCCCUCUCCUCCAGCCGAGCCACCGGCCUGCCCAACAUCACUGACCUGCCCCGUCGCCUGCCAGGUUCGUCAGAUCUCAGUCCGUUCCCAGGUCAGUUUGAGCGUCAGUUCCCGGGUCUCUCCUCUCUGACGGAGUCCGGUUUCUCCAGUCCCAGAAUGCACUACCCCACCACCUUUACCUACACCCCUCCUGUCACCUCCGCCAUGUCACUAGGCUCCGCCCACUACCACCCCUACCUGCCACCUCCCUACCCCGGGUCCACCCAGAGUCAGAGUGGACCGUUUCCGACCAGCAGCGCUCCCUAUCUCUACUAUGGACCAUCCUCUGGGUCGUACCAGUUCUCCAUGGUUCCCGGGGGGGACCGCUCCCCCUCCAGAAUGGUUCCUCCCUGCACCAGCGCCUCCACCGGUAGCUCCCUGGUUAACCCUAACCUGCCCAGCCAGGCAGAUGGAGGGGUGGAGGGGGACGGGAGUCACAGCAACUCCCCAACCGUACUCAACUCUGCUGGGGGACGCAUGGAUGAAGCUGUCUGGAGACCUUACUGAGGAGAAAAGGGGGAGGGAAGGAGGAAGAGGAGGAUGGAGAGGAGGAGGAGAGGAGGACGAGGAGAGGAGGAUGAAGAGGGGGAGGAGAGGAGGAGGAGGAGUAGGAGAGGAUGAAGAGGAGGAGGAGAGGAGGAUGAAGAGGAGGAGGAGAGGAGGAUGAAGAGGAGGAGGAGAAGAAAGCAACGUAAACUAAUGUCAUGGUUUUAAAGCACAAAACCUUUCAAAUGAAUUUUUGAGUUCUGAUUAAAAAGCAGCAAUUCUCCAGUGUCAUCCACAACUUACGGGACAACGCUUCAAGCUAUUUGUAGCAGACAGCUUGUUUUGUGUACUAUUUGUAUAAGGCUUUUAGCUGAGUAUGUUGUUGUACUAGGACAAUACAGCAGGACAAUACAGCAGGACAAUAUAGCAGGACAAUAUAGCAGGACAAUACAGCAGGACAAUAUAGCAGGACAAUAUAGCAGGACAAUACAGCAGGACAAUAUAGCAGGACAA